AUGACCCCUUUAACCUUACAAGACAUCAUUAUGAAAAGUACACUGCACCUGAAAUCCAUGUCACGCUUUGCUGCCAUUGGCAUGCCCAUCACAUGAGAUAUGUUACACUUUUACUUUGAUUUACCUGAGGCCCACAACAUAGCCUUUGGAAAACUAAGGCUUAAGGCUACUUAAAACCCAGAAUCAACAUGGGAGUGGGAUGAACUGAGGGUCAGGAGCUGGGUAUAAGAAAGGCAAUCAUUCAGGCUUUCAUGCUUAGCUCCUGCCUAAUGGAUUCCUUUAACAAAUUUUGUAGACUGGUAUAGCUCUGAGAUAUGGGUGUAGAUCUAAGAAACAUCAUUAUUAGCACGAGGAGGAGGAAGAGCUGGAGAUUAACGCUGCCGUUUACAAUUGCUAUUCAACAGGUCAAUCGGAUGCCAUCCAAUUCCUAGAUAGACAUUCACUAAACAGUGAUGGAUGACUGUAGAACAGAUCAUGUCCUGGCAAGUUCUCUAGGCUUUUCCACAACUGGUAAAAUGAAUGAAGGUGACAUGGAAAGAGGUAUGAAAAUGAAAUUGAACUGUCAGACAGUGGAGAAUAGUGUUGAGGAUAGCCCAUUCUCUGAUAAUUUGGGCUCUGAGCUCUCUUCCUAUUCAGGGGCAUCUGUAAAGGAAAAAGAAACACUUGAUGCAAAUACAGUAUUGAAAACUAUAAAAGUAGCUGGGUUACAUGAACUUGUAAUGUUAGCAGAGGAAUUCGAAUAUGAAGAGGCUACAGAGAAGAAAGAGGUUGAACAAAAAACAAUUGUUCAAGCGAGUAAUAGUACAAAUGAAGAAGCAUAUAUUGACAAGAAGAAACAUCUGUGUAAAGUAUUCAAUGAAAGGAAGAACCAUUCUAAACAUAAAGAUGAGGAAAAUACUGAAGAAGACUGUGAGAGGAACAGUGUUAUAUCGAACCAUCAUUUGUCAGAGGUGAAAUCCCGUAAGUCUGGUUCAAAUGUGCUCGAAAAAAUUGGGAAGCGGUCUUCUCAAAUGCAAAAAUCAAGAUUUCCUCAUCAGAGUACCUCUCUUCCGGAUGUAGUAAAGAUUGGACCAAGAGGUAGCACAGACUUUAGUUCUAAAGGAAAUAAUGGAGAAAGAUCUCAGAUUGCAGCUGUAGAAGAUACAGUAUCAGCAUUGGAUGGUUCAGAUCAUCAGCCAAUAAAAGUUGGAGUGACAAGGUUAAAGUGUACUGUUCCACAACCAUUUGCCCUAGCAACCGACAAAAGGGUUUCUGCAGGAGCGCUACCUGCCAAUUUAGUGGUUACUAAUGUGUCACCGUGUCCAACUGCAGGAAGUGUUCCACUCUCUUCAGUUCCUAGGAAAGACCAGUUCUCUGCAAAGCAUGAUGCUGAACCAUUAUCAAAACUGUCACACUCUGAAAAAUUGAAUUUUAAGCCAACUGGAGAUUCAAAAGUCAAGCCUGGUCUUGUUACUUCUACGUCCAGUUUCAGCUUUAGAUGUGAUGUGAGAGCUGAAAAACGUAAAGAGUUCUACUCCAAGUUAGAGCAAAAAUUGAAAGCAAAGGAGUUGGAAAAAAGGCAAUUGCAAGCCAAAUCAAAGGAGCAGCAGGAAGCUGAGUUAAAGAUGCUUAGAAAAAGUAUGACAUUUAGAGCAUCUCCCAUGCCAACAUUCUAUCACCAGGGAGCUCCGCCAAAGAUUGAACUAAAGAAGAUACCUCCAACUCGUGCAAAGUCACCUAAGCUGGGACGAAGAAAAAGCUAUCCGGAUGUAGAAUCUGAAAACAAAGCAAAUCAAACUGGCAGGCAAAGUCGUUUUAGUCUAGAUGAGAAAAAGAGCAAUGGGAGCUUGCAAAUUCAAAUAGAAGAGAACCUAAGUAAGUUAGGGAAUAAAGAUGAGAAUGGAAAGGGAACCGGCACAACUACAAGAUCAUUGAACAAAAUGUACUCUGAAAAAUAUAUCACGCCAAAGUCAAAUGCAAUGUCCCUUAGUGAAAAACAAGGAAUUAUACACAGUCCAGAAAAAGGACUUGCCAAUGGAUCAGCUGAGGAAUUUGUUACAAGCACCAUAUCAAGUAACUUGUCUGCCAGCACAGCCAGUACCUAUACUGCAAUUCCACAGAAAUUUGAAGCUGUUGAAGAACACAUUGAGGUUGAGUCCUCAGUUGAGAAUAGUGAGAUAGUACAAAUUUUGAAUGAUAGAGAAAAUAUGUCUCUGCAGGAAUGUGAGUUUGCUGAAGAAGAAAAUGGGGCCAAAUCUUUAGAUGGGCAAGAUUUGAUUGCAGAAGUGGAUGUUCAAGCUGGUAUGUUUAAGGAAUCUUUUUUUCCCGUCAAUAUUGUUCAAGAUGCCAACAACAAAGCAGCCUAUGGUACUGAAGAUUUGCAGAUUUUAGAUGGCCUCAAAUUAAAUCUCAACAAAAGUGUAUCCAAUUUCCAAUCUGAUGGACAGAAUGGGCAAAUGCAGGAAAAUAAUAUGGAUAUCAGAGAGAACAAGCUUAAGUCCAUUAGACGUUCUCAACCAGAUUCAGCUGUAGAAAACAAUGGAAAAGCAGUUAGCAACCCAAGAAAGGAACAACUCAAAGUUGUGACACCCUACUCCAAGAAUUCAAAGAGAGGAAAUGAAAAAUUGGCCUCUUCAAGGAAACUAAGAAAGGGAAACAAUGCAAUGGCUCCAAUGGCAGCAGAUGUUUCUGUACAAUCAUGAUUAUAGUUUAAUCUCCAUUGCUCUUCAAAGCCUCUAUCUGUAUUAAGUAGAGGUUGGACCCUAUUCUACAUUCAUAGGUUGUAUAGUUCAUUUGCAUUGCAUUUCUUGUGCGGAUCUGUAUUUUAUCAUUGCUUUUGAGUUAUUGGGCCUUUGUACCAAGACACCAAGGCAAAAGGCAGGAAUGGGUGAUUUGUAGGCUCUUUGUGAGCCAAGCAACUUCAACAGUGGAUCCAUGGUCACUUAGCAUCUUUUUUAUCUUGAAUAUUGGAUGAGAAAACAAGCGCUUAUCCUGUUGCAAGCUGCCAAAGUUUUUGCAUUUAUAAAGUUUUUAGCUAUGCAGGUCACAGAGCAAGCAACAGUGAUCUGUAAUAUAAGAAUAUAUUAAGUCCAUAUUGUUAACCUCCUUAAAGGGAUUAAUAUUGCAAGAGAAUAUUAAAUGUGCUGAGUUUAUGGUGGGCUGAUAUCACACUUGUACAACAUAGCUUCAUAAAAAUGUGUUUGAAUGGCUUUUAAUA